AUGCUUGGGAUUCACCUUGGAACAGCCCGAGUGGGCUUGGGCCUUUCUGUGCGCAUCUGGAACCGCGGUUAUUCGGAGCUGGUAUCGAAAACCCAGUCGAAAACGCGGUUCUCGCUCGCAAACUUGAAGAUUGGCCGAGCAGUGGAUGUGGCCCACCAUCCCAAUGCCGACACGAUGUAUGUAUCGCAGAUUGAUGUGACAGCCCCCGGUGGAGCCGCUACGGUACGACAGGUGUGUAGCGGGCUCCGGGCGUACGUGGGUGCCGAUGCACUGGAGGGAAGUUUGGUGGUGGUGGUGGAUAAUUUGAAAAAAUGCAAGCUUCGAGGCGAGGUCAGCGAGGCAAUGCUGCUAUGUGGCGAGGACACGGUCCAGGGGAUUGUUGUGCCAUGCCGGCCUGCCCUUGGUGCGGUAGAUGCUGCUUCUCUGGUGGGGAAACAAGUGAUUUUGGCCGGAAGCGCGGGCGAGGUCGCAGCGGAGACCAGAAGACUUAAGCGGGCCGAAUGGGAAGAGCUGGCAUCACGGCUUUCGGUGGACGCGGACCACCGCGUCGUGUUUUGGGACCCCGAGGCGGGGAAGACGGUGCCGCUAUGUGUUCUGGACGGGGAGCGAGAGGUGGGCAUAGUGGUGGACUCGGUAGGGCCAGGUAGCGCGGUUUGCUAG